CAGAAGAGCUGCGAGAACGGAGCAGCCAUGAACGGCGGCGAAGAAACAGAGAAGAAGAACGGAAGUGAACAAAACACUAAUAACAAAGUACUCGAGAAGGUCGGAGAAGUCAUCGCCACGAUCAAUGAAGCCAAAAACGUUGACCAAGUCAUUUGCGCACUCCACUCUCUCGCUGUCCGCCUUUUCUCUCUCGAGUCCCGCUCAUUCGCCGGUAGCAUUGACAAAGAGUAUAGAGAUGAGAUUAUUGGAGCAGAACUUCCUUCAGUACAUGAAAGAGAUAACUGGUGGCAGGUGUUUUAUCAAAGUACUGCGUUUCCAACAAUGGCUAGAGUGUUGUUACUUGACGUUGCUUUGAAUUGGCUAACCUGUUUCCCCAUUUCUGCAAAGAAACAUUUGUAUGAUGUAUUCUUUUUAAGUGGCUGUGUCUCAGAGGUUGUACAAACUUUAGUUCCUUAUCUACAACAUCACUCAAAUGGUCUACUUGAAACCACUGUCUGCUCAAAUACUGAAAGAUUACUUGCACUAUGCUUGCUUGAAAAUGAUGGGGUGCUCCAGUUGGUUAGAGAUUUUUCUCACCAAUCCAAAGAUAUAAUUCUUGAACAGCACAAGGCUGCAAUUUCUAGAGUGGCACAACUUGUUACAUCUGUCCCUGACAAAGCACGAUUGGGAGCUUCCACCUUACUUUCAUCACACUUAUAUGUCAAAAGGAUUACAAUUCAACUAAUUCAGGGAGCAGAAGAAUGGAACAAGAAGUAUUAUGAUGAAUCAGUUAACUAUAAUGGAAGUGAUUUCAAUGGUUCUAUGCUAUUUAUUGGGGAUGCUUUUGCUCGUAUUUGUAGGCGUGGAUCUGCAGAUGUGCUAAUAAGUGAAGUGAUCCCACGAAUUGUUACUCAAGUAAAAAGCCUUUUACAAGAAAAGACUGAUUUGUCCAUUGUGGAAGUUUAUAAAUCAAAACCUGGUCUACAGUUUUGGUCAAAGAUAAUGGAGGCAAUUAAAGAUUCAUAUGCUGUAGAAAGAAUAUCUGAGCAGCUUUUGCAAAAACUAGCAACUCAAGACAUAAAUGAUGUUGAAGAGAGAUUUUUACUCUGGAAAGUGUUCCCGGUUUGUUGUCUGAGAUGGAUCCUUCAGUUUUCUGUUCUUCAAUCCCCUCCUGAUACCAGAGUCAAGGGCAAAACUGGAAAUCAUCGCAAUUUAUUGGAUGCCACUCAGCGUGUUCUUGCAGUAUGGUCAAAGCGAGAGUUUGUACAGUCAGCACCAGUAGAGCAACAAGCAUAUUUAACAGCAGCAGUUGGGCUUUCCUUAGAAAAGCUAACAAAAGAAGAUUUAGAUGGUACUAAGGAUGUAAUGCACUUGAUUCUUGAAGGGGUUAGCUGUAGGCUGGAAAGCCCUUCUCAUUUUGUACGCAAGAUGGCUAGCAGUGUUGCUUUAGUCUUUUCAAAAGUGAUUGACCCUAGCAAUCCUCUGUAUCUUGAUGAUACCUGCAAAGAGGAGACUGUUGACUGGGAGUUCACAUCAACAAAUGCUGACGUGGCAAUAUCUAAUGACAAAGAAACAGAUAAAGACCAAGAUAAGGUUCAUGGUCGUAUUGCAUCGGUAUCAGAAAAAGCUUAUAAAGACACAAAGAAGAACAAAUUGAUGGGAUUGGAAUUAAUUGAUCCAGAUGAAGUUAUUGAUCCUGCGACAUUGAACAAUGAGGAUGCUUCUGAUGAUGAUAAUGAUUCUGAGAUUUCUGAAACUUCCAGUGAAUCCUCUUUACAACCGUAUGAUUUGUCUGAUGAUGAUACUGACUUGAAAAAGAACUUCUCACAGUUGAUUGAUGUGGUUGGAGCUCUAAGAAAGUCUGAUGAUGCUGAUGGUGUUGAAAGAGCACUUGAUGUUGCUGAAAGCCUUAUUAGAGCAGCUCCAGAUGAACUUUCAUUCAUAGCAGGUGAUCUAGUCAGGGCGCUUGUCCAGGUUCGUUGCUCAGACUCAACUUUGGAAGGGGAAGAAGAAUCAGCUGAAGAAAAGAGACAAAAAGCAUUGGUUGCCCUAAUUGUAAAUUGUCCAUUAGGAAGUCUAGAUCCGAUACAUAAACUCCUAUAUUCACCGAAUGUAGACACCAGUCAACGGAUAAUGAUUCUUGAUGUCAUGACAGAUGCAGCACUUGAGCUUUCUCAUGCAAAAACCAGUAGACAAAAGCACCGGUCAACCCCCCAAAUCUUGACCACUUCAGAGAGUCAACCAUGGUUCUUGCCAAGUAGCAUAGGGUCUCAGGGUGCAACCCCAUGGAAAGAGAUCUCAGCAUCUCAAUCUCCAUUGAGUUUCACUUAUUCCUACGAGAGAGAUCUCCCGGUCAAACCCGGUCAACACAGGAGAGGGAAGUCGCGGAGGUGGGCCCACAAAAAUGUAGUACAAGAUGAUGACGUGGAGUGGUCGCAGAAUAAGUUUCCUCCGUUUGCAGCUGCGUUUAUGCUUCCAGCUAUGCAGGGGUUUGACAAGAAAAGUCAUGGAGUUGACUUUUUAGGUAGGGACUUUAUUGUCCUUGGAAAACUUAUUCACAUGUUGGGUACUUGUAUGAAAUGUUCAGCUAUGCAUCCAGAAGCAUCCGCUUUAGCACUUCCGUUACUUGAUAUGUUGAGUUCCAGGGACAUAAGUCGUCAUGUUGAAGCAUAUGUUCGUAAAUCUGUACUUUUUGCAGCAUCAUGUAUAUUGGUGGCUGUUAAUCCUACUUAUGUGGCAUCUUCACUGGUUGAAGGAAGUAGUGAAAUGUCCAGAGGGCUUGAGUGGGUACGCAUGUGGGCCAUCUCUGUAGCUGAGUCAGACACCGAUAAAGAAUGCUACAUGAUGGCAAUGGCAUUCUUCCAUCUUCAAAGGGGACAAUCAAAAUCUCAUUCUGAUAUGUGUAUGAAUUUUGCUACCAUUGUAAAUAUGAAGUUGCUCAUGGGUUUGGGAGAUGAAUGAAGAUUAUCGGGUACCCCAUUGGAAAGAGAAAAUUUGCAUUUGUUUCAUUCAUGUUUGUUUAUUAUUUUAGUUUAUCCUUUUGAAAUUUGUAUAAUGAUAGAUUGUUAUAUUAAAGGAGUUUUGACUUAAACGACCAUGCAACUCUCA